UUGAUUUCAUUGAAGCCGACACGACGACCGACACGAUAACAAAAGGGGAAGAAAACUUUCUGUCGGAAUACAACACAAAAAUCGAAGUCUUUUUUUAAAUAUUUUUACGACAAAAUAAAUGUUUGUUUUAGUUCCGAUUGUUAUAAUAAUUUCAAGCGCCUCAACAAUUUGCCUAUUUACUUAUUGCAAAACCCGAAACCUAAAAAGGGUCGAAAGUCAAGUGAAUAAUGUGACUAAUUCGAGAAGCUUAGCAGGUGCUAGGCGGUCUGUUCCUCCUUCGAUUUACAUUAUUCCAACAACAAAUCAAGUGAUGCAAAUGUAUAUCGAUCAGGUGUCUAAUAAUGCCGGAUCAAGAUCAAGAUCAAGAAGCGUUAGUGAACAAUACAAACCACCUCCAGAUUAUGGACAAGUUGCUGUUGAAAUACCACCCACCUAUGAAGAGGCUAUUGUCCGGGAAGGCAGACAUUAAGCAUAUAGUCGAUAUGGAAUCUUUAUCGAUUGAAGUGUGCUUUAACUUUGUAAAUGUUGUAAUGUAUAAUAGAAAUUAAGUGGUUUUUAAUACAAAAUUA